CCUGUACACUCGCCAUAUUUUCAAUCCCGUACAGCCCAAAGACCGGCUCGCUGCUAAAUUGAGGAAGAGAAGCUUUCAUCCAUUUAGUUUGAAACGGUCUACUUCAGAGGAUUAAAGGGACAUCUGCGUUAGCUGCCCAGCUGGUCUCUGUUCUUUCAAUCUGCAACAAUGAACGUCUUCAGACUGACAGGAGACCUCUCUCAUCUGGCUGCUAUCAUCAUCCUGCUACUCAAAAUAUGGAAAAGCAGGUCGUGUGCAGGUAUCUCUGGAAAGAGCCAAAUCCUGUUUGCUAUAGUGUUCACCACACGCUACUUGGACCUGCUCACCUCCUUCAUCUCGCUCUAUAACACAUGCAUGAAGGUGAUCUACGUCGGUUGUGCGUUUGCCACAGUCUACCUGAUCUACGCGAAGUUCAGGGCCACCUACGAUGGCAACCAUGACAGUUUCAGAGUGGAGUUCCUGGUUGUUCCCGUCGGGGGUCUUGCUGUUCUCAUUAACCACGACUUCGCUGUCCUAGAGAUCCUGUGGACGUUCUCCAUCUACCUGGAGUCGGUGGCAAUCCUGCCGCAGCUCUUCAUGAUCAGCAAGACUGGCGAGGCCGAGACGAUUACCACCCACUACCUGUUCUGCCUGGGCCUGUAUCGGGCCCUCUACCUUUUCAACUGGAUCUGGCGUUUCUACUUUGAAGGCUUCUUUGACAUGAUCGCCAUCGUGGCCGGUUUGGUCCAGACUGUCCUCUACUGUGACUUCUUCUACCUUUAUGUCACCAAAGUGUUGAAAGGCAAGAAGCUGAGCCUGCCGGCGUAAAACACGCAGAAGGCGACGGAGAAUCCCAGCAGACUCAGGGAGGGGGGGGGGGUUAUGGCGAUGACAUCACGUAAUCUCGUGGCCUACAGCAAAAGAUGCCCGAGGCAGAGAGACAACUAUCGGGGGGGGGGGGGGAAACACUAGUCUUCUUGAUGAUCGCUGAUGGAUCCGGUGAAUGCCAACCAACACCAGAGCUGAACAAAAAUCAUAGCUGGUCAACCUUUGGAUUUCUGCGUUCAGCAUUUUGCCUUAAACUUCUUUUCAUUGCUCUUCAAAUUAGGAGAAAAGGCUUUUUUUUUUUUUUUUUUUUUUUGUUUUUCUUCUACAUCCGAGGUGUAUACGCUUGUUUUUUAAUUUGUUUUUUUUAUAAUGUCACGAAUAGGGUCGACUCUGAGAAGUACCUUGUUUGACUUUGUAAUGAAAUGCACAAAUGUACAGUCUUAUUAAAGAGUGAGAUAAAGAGGUAAUGUAUCAGAGUGCCUGAUGGGGAUUAUGUCCACUUUCUCACACUAUUUUUUUUUUUUUUUUACUUUUGGAUUUGUUUGAGUCUGCAUUUACUGUAAUACAUGUACCGUCAGCUGGAAUAUUUAAAGAUGCCAACAGCAACAGUUACACGACCACACACACACACACACACACACACACACACACACACACACACGUGCAUUUUUGUAAAAGCAUUGCUUUCUAAAAUUGCUCAAACCAACAUUUUAACUCUAUAAAUCUGAAGCUUUUUGUAAACAACUCAUUAGAGGGUUUGUAGUUUUAUAUCAUGAAAUAAAUUAAUUUAAUGUCGACAGUCAGUUGGACAAAGAUAUUGGUAUUUUCAAAUGUUGGAUAUCUCAUUUGGAAUGAAACCUUUCAUGUGUUUAUUGAUAUUUUUCCCCUUGGCUUACUGUAUUGAAGAAAAUACAAUGCUUUAAUGUAAAUAAUGCUACAUCACAUUUCUGAUGUAGCUAGAGCUCAAACGUUGUUUCUGCUAGCAUUGCACCCCAUUAACAAACGUACCAACACCUUCAAACGCCGACUCGUCGGUUAUCUGAAGGUUGAAAUCACUGAAAGCAAUAAGGAAUCGCCAAAUGAUGAUUUUUUUGGAUUAAUAUCCUUCGUAUGACUGACUGUGACAUCUCAAGUGUGAACUGUAUGUCCAAUUAAACCGAUUUGUAAUGGUGCUGGUCCAUAAUCGAUGAGUGGUGUUCAAUGGGUGCAUUUCUAUUAAACUGAAAGGCCUCUUGAUAACAUUUUUCUUCAUAUUAGUCAUUCUUUAAGAAUUUCUUUCUACUUUUUAUGUUUUUUUUUUUUUUUUUUGCAUGAUAUUGCCUCCAUUAAAGAUUUUAUGAGAAU